AUGGCAGACCAUCAACCCGUUACGCCAGAGACGAGUGGUAGGAGACGAGUCAGCCCCUUGAAUCCUUCGCCGAAGGCUAUGGUAGAAGCGACGGAGGCUGCGCGCGAUGAAUGUCCGAAUAGUAACGUCGCAGACUUCAACGACUGUGAAACCAGGGAAGCGGAUGGCCGUCGCGGUCAUGAAGGAUCGUCGUCUGAACCGUCAGAUGAUGUUGACGCUCGUUCAUCGCAGAAAUCAGGAAGAGCUGCGAGCGACCGCGAGACGAUUUCGCUCGGAAGAUGGCGUCUUCUCCCAUGGAUGAGCAGCAAGCGGCUGUCGGCCGUCGCAGCGUCCAUCCGCAAAUAUUUCUCCGUCGAUCGAUGGCACGAGGUCGAACGGUCAUGGAUUGACUGGGCCUUCAGCGUGAAGCUUCCUCCGUGGUUCCGCCGCCACGUCACUUUCUACCGCCUCCACGUCGCCUGCUUUGUCGUGCUCAUCCUCAUCGGCACGAUCAUCAUGUGCCUGAUUCCGGGCGGCCCGGCCGGCAAAAUGAGUUUCAUUGACACGCUGUACAGCGUGACGUCAGCCACGUGCCUGACUGGAAUGAUUAGCGUUGACGUUAACAUGUUUUCUGACGGAGCUAACGUUUUCCGUCUGCUGCUGAUGAUCAUCGGCAGUCAGAUCACGACGUCGCUCGUCCCCGUGUACGUCCGUCGCUUCUUCUUCCACCGCUACCUCUACCGCGAGGGCUACGUCACGCGCGGCGGCCGGCGGAGCGAACCCGUCGUGACAGUACGCAGCGUGGAUGCGGGGGGGGUGGAUGGGAUGACCGAGGCUGGCGGGGAAGGUCUGGGGGUGUUGGAGGAGGAGGAGCGUCGCGUAUCGGAGGACGACAAGGCUGCUGACGCUCGCGAUAAUGCUCCCUCCGGCAGCAAGACAGAGGAGUCAGGUGCGGUAGCGGUGGGUGGAGGCAAGGUGACCCACGUUCAUAGCGACCCAGCUAAGGUGUCCCCGAUUGGGUCUCACAGCACGAGCAGAGGGAGGGACGGAGCUCUCGUGAUUCCCGUUAAUGAUGCUCCAGCGGGGUCCGACGUGGACGCCACGCGGCAAGACUCCAGCCAGAAUGGUCCGAGAUCUGCUCGCGCUGACGUGGACGCGUUGCGGCUGGACAGCAGCCAGCACGGGCCGCGGUCGGCGCGGUGGGAUGGAGAACGGCGCAUGUGGGACAGUCCGCGGGGCGCACAGACGCGCACAACAUUGACUCCGCGGAGGGCGUUCGGGCUGGGGGACGCGCUUGAGCGGACGGUGGGGCCGCUGUCGGGGCGGUACCAGGCGGGGGAGGAGAACGCGUGGCACACGUGGUCGGGGGACGUGGCGCGCGCGGAGGGGCAGCGGCUGAAGCUGGCGCUGGAGAUCAUGCGCGUGCAGCAGCAGCAGCGCGACAGCGAGCAGCGGCCGGGGCUGUUCCUGCAGCGCACCCUCUCGUCCAGCACCUGGCGCACCGACGACAUUGAGGGGACUAGCGCUAACGCUGACGCUGAACUGCUGCCCAUUGACCCGGGUGAACGAAGGUUCCUGGAACUGAGGGCGCUGGAGCUGCUGAGCUGGCUGGUGCCCGUGUACUUCCUGGUGGUGCAGGCGGUGGCGGUGCUGCUCAUGCUCGUGCUCGUGCACGUGUCGCCCUCUGUCAGGCAGGUCCUGGACCGCAACAGCGUCAACUCCGUCUUCUUCUCCGUUUUCCAGGUGGUGUCAGCGUUCAGCAACACGGGGCUCAUGCUGCUCAACAGCAACAUGAUGGACUUCAACAGCAACGUGCCGAUGCUGCUGCUGCUCUCCCUCCUCAUGCUCCUCGGCAACACCCUCUUCGCCCCCACGCUGCGCGGCCUGCUGCUGCUGCUGCACCGCACCGCCAAGGGCGAGCAGAAGGUGGUGUACGAGUAUCUGCUGCAGCAUCCACGCAAGUGCUACACGCACCUGUUCCCGCGCUCGUCCACGCUGUGGCUGGUGGCGACGGUGGUGGCGUUCAACAGCAUCGAGUUCAUCUUCUUCUGCGUCUUCGACUGGCACUCCACCGCCCUCGACGGCCUCUCCAGCAGCACGAAGGUGCUGGUGGGGUAUUUCCAGUCCAUCUGCACGCGCACCACAGGCUACAACGCCGUCGUCCUCGCUCUGCUCUCGCCACCCAUGCUCGUGCUCUACAUCGGUUUGAUGAACGUGGCAGUGUAUCCGGUGUACCUGGCGCGGCAGACGUCGAGGGAGCAGCGCGAGGUGUACGACGACGAGGACAUCGGGGUGUUCUACGAGGACCUGCAGGAGGGUGUGCUGGACCCGGGUGUGCUCACGCAGGGCAAGAAGCUCUUCCUGCACGACACCGCGCUCAUCUUCUUCGCCAUCUUCCUCGUCUGCAUCAUGGAGAGCCCCAUGAUCACCAGCGACCCCGCCAACUUCUCCAUCUUCAAUAUCAUCUUCGAAAUCAUGAGUGGCUAUGGCAACGUGGGCUUCUCUCUCGGCUACACCUGUCCAGAAGACGCCCCCGCCGGCUGUGUCUCCCCGCCCUACAGCUUCUCAGGCGUGUGGCGCACGGAGGCGAAGGUGGUGAUGGUGCUGGUGAUGCUGCUGGCGCGGCACCGCGGGCUGCCCGACAACAUCGACGCCGCCAUUGUCAUCCCCGACCAGAAGCAGUUCCAGUCCGCCGCCAAGGCUCAUGACGCUGCCGCAGGCGCCGGCGCAGAGCGUGACGACGUGGAGAGCAUUGCAUCAUCAGCGAGGAGAGGCGGCAAGGGGCCUGUGAUUCCACACAAGGCCAUGAUGCGAGCUAACAGCAGCAGCCAGAUACUGCUGGGAAGCAGUGGUCGCAGGGCCAGCAUUCUUCCUUCUCUCCUCUCCUCCGCGACCGCCACCAUGUCGUCCUCACCAUCGUCGCGCACCUACUGGUGCCAUCAGUGUGCGACCGUCGCCUCCAUAGGCGGCCUUCUCUUCGAGCCCGCCAUGGCCGGCCCACGUUGCCCGGCGUGCGGAGGCGGCUUCGUCGAGGAGCUCCCCGCGGCCGCGCUCGCCGGGCCCAACGCGCUCCACUCGUCGCGCGCGCGUGCCGACCUCUCGUUGGCCGACGCCUGGGCGGACAUGCGCAGCGUUCUCGCUCACCGCUCCCAACGCCUGCGCGCCGACGCGGGGUCAUCGCGGUCGUCGUCGCCCGACAUCGGCGGAAGCGCCGCCAUUGCGCGUGAGGCCGCGUCGCCCCCCACCUCCCCAUCCCCAUCCGACGGCGGCGUGGCCUCCACCCGCACAGGCCGCUCCCCACGUCGACUACGCGACGCCUCUCGCCGCGUCGCCCUAGAGUCGCUCAAUUCGCUCAACGACGUGCUUCCUCUGGGCUCGCAGCAUCGCACGAGCGGUCGCAGGGAGUCGCCGGGCGGCGUGUUCGGCGACUACGGCGACGGCGAGGACGGCUUGGCGCGCUUCCUGCGCGACAUGAGGCAGGAGUCGUCGUUCCUGGAGGUCGCCACCGCGCAGCUGCGCGCGAGAAGCGCGCCGAUGAGCGACAUCGCCCAGGAGCAGACGUCGGGCAGUGACGAGAGCAGCGACGAUGAAAGCAGCGACGACGGCAUUCCGCCACACGUCGCUGCAUCCGACGCAGCGGCAGCGGCAGCGGCAGGCGGUGGUGGGCGUGGCGAGUUCACGGGCCGUGUGGGCGACUACUUCCUGGGGGACGACCUCAGCGCGCUCGUUGACCGCAUCGCCACCGCGCACCCCAUGCCUCACACCAGCACGCACACGCCAGCGUCGCAGGCAGCGGUGCGGGCGCUGCCGCUGCGCAUAGUGCGGGAGGAGGACGUGGCGGGGGGCGUGGCGGCGUGCGCGGUGUGCCACGAGGACAUGGGCGUGGGCGCCGUCACGCAGCAGCUGCCAUGCCGCCACGCGUACCACAGCGACUGCAUCCUGCCCUGGCUCGCGCAGACCAAUACGUGCCCCGUCUGCCGCUUCCGCCUGCCCUCCCAGGCCGAGGCCGAUGCUGCCCCCUCCUGCCCCUGGGCCCAUGGCUCGCUGCUGGGCGUCGACACGCGCCAGGGGGCUGGCGCUGAUAGGGGCUGGGGGGGCGAGGAGGUGGGGGACGGUGUGGGGUGGUGGAUGAGUGUGGAUGGCAGCAGGGGCGGCAUCAGGGAUGUGGAAGGGGAGUGGGGGUGGCAUGGGAUGCGGCAGGGCGGGGGUGCAGCGUCGUCCUUGUCGUCGCUGCUGCAUCAACGCAUCCACACUGCUGGCCCCACGCCCUGGAGUCACCAGCAUCAUCAUGCCCAUGACCCCUCCCACACCCACACCCAUCACCACGGCCAUGAUGCAUCCCACGCCCACCACCCUGCCCGUUCGCCCUCCAUGGGCCGUGGGCCCUCGGGUGCCGCCUCCUCUGACCGCUGGCCUGCCGCCUCUGCUGCCUCUUGGCGCGCGUCCGCCCCCUCUGCUCGCCCCUCGCCUGGCGCCACACACAUGCCCCUGCAUGGCGCGGCACAGGGCGGCGUGGGGGACAGGGGCGUGCAGCAGGGGGGCAUGGAGGCAGCGAGACGUGGCAGCGAGGCAGUGAGGCGGGCCGUGGGGUCGUCGUGGGAGGCAUAUUUGAUGCGGCAGCGCGCCAGGCAGCUGGGGGGGGAGAGGCUGGCAGGGGCAGCCAGGCAGCAGGAGGGGGGAGGAGGCAGGCAGGGGAGCAGUGCAAGGGAGGGGAUGCGGGGUGAUGCUGUGCAGGGGCGGGGGGAGAGCAUGGGAGGAGGAGAACGUGAGGCAGGGCCGUCGGUGGGAGGGGCUGAGGUGAGUGAGAGGCUUCCUGCUGCUGCUGCUGCUGCUGCUGCAGCGUCUGAUGGGCUGGCAGUGUGGCGCCGUGACCUGAUUGGUGCAGCCAGAGGCACUGUGUUUGCUGACAAGGGGGAGAGGGAGAGGAGGUGGGGAGGUGGGGCAGUGGCGGUGAGGGGAAGGGUGCAAAGGGAGGCCACAGGGGGCAGCGUGGGUGCGAGUGGCAGUGGCAGCGGCAGCGGCGGUACGAGGUCAGAUGAGAGUUGCGAUCUCAGCGAGGGUAGCCCCUCGUCCCCCCCGCUCACUCCCUCCUCUCUGGCGCCUGUGCUUGGCAGCAGCGCACAUGGGUCCCCGGAGGGUGGUGUGGGGCGCACAGAAGCAAGGAGGGAGAAGCGGAGAGCGAGGGAGAUGCAAGGGAGGGAAGUGGAGGGUGCAGGGAGGAGGCAGGGGGGCGGCAUUGAGUGGACACCGCCCUCCCGUUCCUCCACUUCCCCCUCGCUCUCCCCCUCCUCGACCCUCUCCCCCUCCCCCUAA